GUGUGAUAAAUUUUUUUUUUUUACAUUUGCUGUAACGGUGAAAAAGUGACUUGAAAUGGUGAAAAUUAAAUAAUAAUAUAUUUUAUUAAAUUAGUGGAAUCAAUUCGAUCUUCUGGAAUUGAUAAAUUGUUGGCUGAAACAACAAAAUUAUGGAAAAAAAUUAAAUUUAUAAUAUAUUUUAUUAAUAGAUUAAAGAAAAAAUUACACGAAAAAUAGUUAAAAUGGUCUCCUAUAGCAAUUUCAUCCAAUUGAACCCGAAAACUAACUUCAUCUUUAAUUAUUGCAAGUAUUAAACAAUUAUUUUACCAAAAAAGUACGGAGUAUUAAACAAUCAAAAGUUAUAUAUUUGAUAAAAAAGUGAUUGAUAAAUUUGAUAAGUUAGAAAUAUAGUAAUUGCUCUAAAAGUUCGUUUGGUGACCCUGUUUUUCGGCUUAUCCGGCCGAUUUUGUAAUAAAAUAUAAUAAAACUUUUUCACCAAACUGGUAACUUUUGAUUUCACGCGUUGAAUUGUGUAACAAUAAGAAAAGGUAAGAUUAAAGUUACUUUUCUGACUGUAUUGGCUGAAGCCUAUAUUGCACGGAUAUGGAUACGCCGAUACGCCGAUAUGCCGAUACGCAAAUACGGGUAUGGCGACACGACAACUUCAAAAAUUAUAGGAUACGAGUACGGGGGUAUAUUUAUAAAUAACACUCUAUCUGUCCCAUUUUACCUGUCUUACUAUCCGUUUUGGGUUGUCCCAAAAUAAGUGUUACCUUUCCCUUUUUGGAAAGAAAUAUGUAGUUCACAACAUUUAACUUUACUAUACUCAAAUCUCAACCACAACUUUUACCUUUUCAAAGGCUGAAGCUACGGUAGAGAAUCAUUUUUACUAAUUUUUCAUAUAAUCUUAUCCUUAUUUUAUUAGUAAAAAUAUUUUAAAUAUAAUUUUUAAAUAAAUCAGCAGAAUUAGCCAACACAAUCACUUCAGUCAGAAUUUCAUAAAUUUCAACAAAAUCAGCCGAUUUAGCCAAUUUCGAUGUACGAACAAGCUCUGAAUAAGACUAAAAUUUAACCAAAAUGCACUAAUAGGAACUAUAUAUGUUUUUAAUUCUCUAAAUAAAAAUAAGUUAUCCUAUUAAAUUAGAAAAUUCCGUUAAUUAGGAAUGAACGAAUUUUAUUUUGGGAAGAAAUCUGCACGACUGCACACUUUGUCUUUAUUUAAGUCUUAUUUAAGAAAUUCUCUCUUAAAAAUAAGGGUUAUUAUAGGAGCUCAAAAUAUGAUUGUAGUGUUAAUGACUCCAGACGUUUAAAAAUGAAAUACUACGAAAUUGUAAAAAAGGUCAAAAUCAAGUAUGAGCAUGAAUGGGAAUUAUUGACAUUUUUUAGUUUUUAAUAAAACAUUUUAUGUUUUAAAACAAAAAAAUGAGCAACAUGCCGGAAAUGAGAUUGCAAUGAAAUGAAGGGUGGGUGAUAUUUUUUUAAUCAAAAUGAAAAUUAGUUUAUUUUUUCAAAAUUAGGGUAUGCUCGUUUUUUGACCAAAGCGUAGACGCGAUGAGUCUUGCUUGACGUACGCAUAUCACCGUUUACCGAAAACGUCACUUAUUUUGAAAUGCAUGCACAUAAAAAUGAGGUGGAGAAUUGGACAGAUGGGUCAAAAUAAACUUGUGACAAUUGUGGCCUUUUGGGGUGAAAUCGAAAACAAAACUUGGGUUUCUAUUUCUGGUCUUCCGACAAUGCGUAUUGCUUGCAGCUGUAGAUGGAACUUUCCAAGGUAGCCUUGUCCAGUUGUCCUAAACAAACAAGUGAAGUUUUUCAACAAAUCUCACGCAAUGACUUUUGUCUCUCAUGAUUCUCCAAUCUGCACUGCCCUUUAUUUCGUCUUAGCUCUGCAUCUCUCUUUCUGCUAAAUCACUUCCCAAAUUAGCUCCCCGCAUAAAUAAAGAAAAUAAAACCAUCCAUGAAGUUUAUGAAGCUUGGUUCUGGCCAUGAUGCUUCUUUCUGCAUCAUUGGUGCUGCUAGAACACUGCUCCCUGAAGUUUCAAGUGAUCUUACAGUAGAAGUGAAUGAAACCAUAUAUUUACUUCACAAGUUUCCACUCUUCUCCAAGUGCUUGAGGCUGCACAAACAAGCACGUUCAGAUUGGGCAGAAACCUCCGGGCAGGCCAGGCAGCCCCCGACAGUUGAGCUCCCGGAUUUUCCAGGCGGACUCGAGGCGUUUGAGCUAUGCACAAAAUUCUGCUAUGGCUACACCAUAACUCUCAGCGCCCACAACAUUGUUUCCGUCCGAUGCGCUGCAGAGUAUCUCCAAAUGACGGAGGAGAUCGAGAGAGGGAAUUUGAUAAGCAAACUUGACACCUUUUUGAAUUCAUGCAUUUUCCAUGGCUGGAAAGACACAAUUGUGACAUUGCAGAGCACCACCAAGGAGGGAGGGUUGCAAGCAUUGUCAGAGGAUCUCAGGAUCACCUCUCGGUGCAUCGACGCCAUCGCCUCAAAAGUCAGGGCGGCAAAUCCUGGCAAGGCGAACCUCUCCCGGAGCUACUCCAUUAGAGGAGGCAGUAACGGGCCAGAGAGCGGAGAAAGGCAAACUAGUAAGACUUGGUGGGGAGAGGAUUUGGCUGAAUUGGAAGUAGAUUUGUAUUGGCGGACUAUGGUAGCUAUCGGCGGCGGGGAGAGAGUUAGGGUUCCGGCUAAUGUUAUCGGCGACGCUUUGAGGAUAUACGCAUCUCGUUGGCUUCCAAGUUUUGACGAUUUUAGGUCAGAGGAGACUUCAACAACUAAAUCAACCUACAAGCUUGCAGUUCUGGAGGCAAUUGUGAGGCUAUUGCCGGAGGAGAAAGGACCGGCGGCGGUUUCCUGUGGCUUUGUGCUGCAAUUGCUGAAAGCCGCACAUUUCCUCGGAGCAUCGAGCUCGUUGAAAGUUGAGAUUACGAGAACGGCUGCCGCCCGGUUGGAGGAUGCCUGCGUCGGCGAUUUACUGGUUCCGGCAUCAUCAAUGGACGACGAGACGAUGUAUGACAUCGACAUGGUGAUGAACGUACUGGAAGAGUUCAUGUGCUCGGAGGGGAAGAGUCCUCCGGUCGCGAGAACAAGGGGAAAAGGCGGGGACGAUUCCUCCGAGAGAAGUGGAACCCCGUCUCUGGACAUUGUUAAUCUGGAUGAUUUCCAGGACAUGAGCGUGUCCUCUUCUUCUUCAUCGCCGGCUUCUCACAGCUCGAAGCUGAUGAAGGUGGCCAAGCUGUUCGAUGUUUAUCUGCAGGAGAUCUCCAGGGAGGACCCUAAUUUGCCUCUUUCCAAGUUCACUACCAUAGCUGAAUCCAUCCCGUAUUUUGCUCGAGCAGACCAUGACGAUCUCUACAAGGCCAUUCACAUCUAUCUCAAGAGUCACCCGGAACUGAACAAGAGCGAAAGGAAACGAAUAUGCAGUACCCUGGACUGCAGGAAACUGUCAAUGGAAGCCUGCAUCCACGCAGCCCAGAACGAAUUACUCCCAUUAAGGGUUGUGGUCCAGGUCCUCUUCUUCGAGCACGCUCGGGCCGCUGCCAUGUCCAACGGCCACCUACUGGAGCUGCCCAGCAACCUUAAAGAAACAUGCAUGAUAUCCAAUGAUGCUGAUGACCACAUUUCAGCCAAAAAGAAACUAAGCUCCCCUGAUGAUGAUCAUCAUGGCCUGUGGAGUAGGGCUGCGUCCGGGCGUGAUCAUAAUAAAGUGACCCUUAAAAUGAAACUGGACGAAGACGACGAUGACGAAAUCGAGGAUCAAAUCUUUGCCACGGUUUUAAAGAAAUCGUCUUCCAGAUGUUUUAAAAUUUUCUCACAGAGGUGAUCAUUAAUGGGGUAUGUGCAGGUUGGUUUCGGCGUCUAUGCCUUGCUUUGGCUGGCUGGCAGGCAGGCAGAGUAUGGCCAUUUUGAGCCCUCCGAUCAAAAAUAAAAAAUUAGCGGUAGAAAAUUAAGGGGUUCAUUUUUUCACAAAUCUCGGGUUUUAGUUUUAAUCGCUUCCGAUCCCUCCAUACUCUAAGGCAGAGGAUCUGAAUCCAUACAGGUUAUUAGAAAAUGAGGCCGGGCAAAGUUCAUAGUUUUUCCUCUGAUCUACGAAAUAUUAUCUGACCGAUAUGAUUAUUCGUGUCUUGCAAGAAGUUUUGUUUUGUUUUUUCUAAUAUUAUUGUUAAUCUUACCAAUAUGACUCCCUUCUCACUUAGAUAUAAAUAGAUCAGACUUUGAUUGUAGCAUAAUUGUCACUUGAUAGUGUAUGGAUUUAUUAUAUAGAAAUUUUAAAGUGUCCACCUAAAUAAUCUCC